AUGAAGCUCCUUCACUCCCAAGCUUCGCUAGCUGUCUCUCGGAACUUGAGAGCAGGUAUAGGAAGUCGUUAUAUUGAUGCUCACUCAUAUGCAUCAUUACUGCCUCGACAUCCACCACAGCAGUUACCCCACCGAAGCCUUACCACCAAGGCGUCUAUAAAUCCGACUACCGCAACCCCAUCAUCGACAACCACUACUGCCACCAACCAGCAAGAUGUCCAAUCCUCCCUAUCAACGCAAAUACGCCUCCUCAUGCGCCGAAUUCCAUACCCCGUUGCCAUAAUCACCUCCACCGACCCCAAUCCAUCUCCACCACCAACACAUUCAUCACCCACAGUCAAAACCUCUCAGUUCACCUCCCGCUUCCGAGGCAUGACAGUCUCCUCUUUCAACACUGUAACCCUAACGCCGCACCCUGUGAUCUCGUUUAACGUGCGUCGACCCUCUGAAACACUGCAUGCGCUUAUAUCAUCCGGUCGAUUUCUUGUACAUUUGCUCGCAACGGACCUAGCGACUGCGAGUCUGGCGCGGGACUUUGCGCGGGGGAACCAGAAUCUUGCGCUGGAAGAAGGCAUGUUCGAAUUCGUGGGUGUUGCGCCUUCGUCAGUUUCUGAUAGUGAGACCGGUACGGAGGCUCUUGGUACUAAGGAAGGUCCUACAAUACUGCCUUUACCGAUGCUUCGAAGGAAGGGUAGAGAGGCCACUCUAUCUACAUAUGCGCCCGAAACCGGAUCCUCUAGACUGGAAUCCAGCUUCUUCCCAUUCAUAUUUGAGUGUCGACUUCUCCCAGAGAGCGUGGUCGAUGUAUACGAUCAUACUAUUGUUGUUGGGAAGAUUGUUCGGGCAAUCACUAGCCUGAACACGAGCUCGACCUCCGACUCUGCUGAGAUUCCAUCGGAGGAUUUAUGUCUGACGUAUGCGAACACGAAGUUUUGGGAGAUGGGGAAGGAGGUGGUAUAAAUGUAACAAUAUGUUUUUGGGUCUAGAACAUCUGGAUGUCGGUCGAGGCUAUGAACGCAAUGUACUAUAUAUAGAUAUUCUUUGGGACUACAUGAUGAGCAGAGCUACUCUUAACUACUAGGAUAGACAGAUGAAUAAGAAGAAUGUGUAUG